AUGUAUGCAACCAGAAACCAGAGCUCCGAGACCCCUCCAAAAUGUAGCCGACCAGAAACCAGAGCCCCAAGACCCACCGCCACAUACAUCGCACUACCCAAACACAGCUCUAACAAAAAAUUUACUAUGAACACCAAAAAUCACCAACAUAACAUGAACCCUCAAACACCAACUAACACCUACCACACAGAGCUCUCAUUACACUGGUCACAAAGUGUUCCCGAACCGGCGUAUAUAUGCUACUACAGUGUUCUGGAACAUGUAGACUUCUACUACCUCUCUCCCCUUAUUUACAUCCCGGGCAUCACAGCCCAAACACCAACUGUGGUUUCCACGUCAUCCUCCUAUCGACUGACCAGUUUCCUUUAUUUUCCCAUCUCGUAG